GUGAAGAUGUAUCGCGAGCCUCAGGACUGGACGCUCCUUUAUGGCUACUAGCAAUGACAGCCUAAAGAUGCUUGUAAAGCAAUGAGCAGCUAACAAGCCCGAGGCUAGAUGACGGAUUAAGGCCACCAGUUUGUCGAGAUCAGCCUGGGAUCCAGGCUCGUCCAACAGGGCCAUCCGCACGACUUGCAGCAAACGAUGUUGAAAGGACUCCCAUGCUCUUGUCCGCCACCUGAACAACCGCAUGGCGGAAAUCGGGCUCGUGGGCACAGUUGUGGGCCUGGCGAGCGCUGGUGUCAAGCUGUCCCUUACACUGUACACGUUCUCUGAGACGGUCUCUUCAGCUGGAACGGACAUCAAGAACAUUGCUCGCGAUGUAUCUUUGACCUCUUCGGUGCUCAAGGAAUUGGGCACAAAUCUAGAGCUAGAUGACCAGACAAAAUUGUACUCGAGUUCGGCUCUCCAGACUGCCCAAGAAGUGGUUCGAGAAUGCGAGAGCGUGUUCAUUGACCUCGAGAAAGUGAUGCAGAAAGCCAUGGAGAGGACCUCGAAGAAAGCAUCCAAGCCUGGGAAAUUGACGUUAUCGGCGCUCGACAGGCUGAAGUGGCCCUUUUUACAGCCGAAGAUGGAGGUACUGAGAAGCAAUUUGGAAAGGUUGAAGAGCACGCUGGUUCUCAUGCUGAAUGUUUUGACGUAUGCAAAGGAUCUGAGAGCUGAGAAGAACAGCGGCGGCAAAGACGAUGGCGGUUAUCAGAAAAUGCUCAUUGAGAACUUGAUUCGAGCUAACCAGGAAGCCACGAGGAAUUACGAAACUUUGCUUAAAACCAUAGGAGCUCGAGAGAAUGCUUUGAGUGACGGAGCCAGUGGGACAAGAGAGCCCGAAGAUGGAGCUUCAAUUGCUGGAACAACCAUCAAUAUGUCCUCAAUCAGCGAUCUACAGCCACCGUCGAGCACCAUUGCGAUCAGCAAUGACGACGCUGCCAUGAACCUCGAGCAAGCGCCUGCUUACAAGGGUAGUGAAGUUGAGUCUACAAUCAGGGCCUGCCUCAAGCGCAUCGAAGACACUCUUCUCCAGUUCGAGCAAUCAGAUUUUGCUUCCACAUCUGAACCCCGAAUUGCCGUCCGCAUUGAACUGGAGAAAGAGGUCGCCAAAUCCGAGUCGGAGACUCGCGAACUUCCAAAGCCAUGGGUGGUUCUGUCCAUAGUUCGCAAGGAUGUCCUUCCUCCUGGAACGCCAUACAUCGCGCUACAGGACGAUAUUGACAAUACUGUUGCCGUGAUGCGCCAGAACAUAAAAAAGGCGACUCAAAGAGGCGAAAGACUGGAUUCCGCGCAGAAUACGACGGACAAUCUUGCAGUGUCCGCCCAACGGUUCCGCAGAGGAGCAAACCGUGUUCGCAAGCAGCACAAUCCUUGGAACGUGAAGAACUGGGUCUAUACAGCCGGCGCAGCUGUGGCGUCAGUCCCGGAGUUGGUUAGCAGGGCUACCCAAGGGUUCUUUACAGACGAGGAUGAAGCCUUUGAGGAUCCGGGCACCGUACUCGAGUAUGGUGGGAACCUCAAUGUCGGCCCUUCGCCCAGGCCACCCUCCAGAUCACCCACGUUCGAUGACAUUCUUCAGCCGGUGUCACCUAAAGCUCAGGCUAAGCUUGCAACUCUGCCUGAGAUUGUUGUUCCGACUCCAAGAAUGAAGAUGGACUCGACAAAAGAUCAGAUCGAGGUCUUUCCUGUUCAACAAAAGCCUGCUCAAGGCGGUGUUCUCGAACUGGACUCACGUGAAGAUCAGCCAGACCACGGGGUCGCUGAGGAAGACAACAAGGUCGAUCUCUUUAUGAUGGAUCGAGGUGAAGAUCAGCCAGCCCAUAGGAUCGCUGAAACGAGCAAUGGAGUCGAUCAGCUACUGAGGGAGUGGACGACACUGUACAACGACCAACCAUCACCUGCUACCACCACUUCAGAUGAGCGAAAAUAGCUGCCAGCAACUCCAUGUCCUAUAUCGUUCUUGAGGAGCCUCCAGCCAUAGCAUCAUCAUCAUUCACGCCAAGCACAGGCACUCCAGUGAACGAUACCUACAUGUGUCUUCAAGUGUCCACCCCGCCCACAUUUCACAAUAGCCUCAGCAUGACCCGAGCAGAAUUGAGCCAUCACAGAGGGGAAAAAUUUCCAAAGAGACAAAAAGAUGACCGCCCGUUCACGCGGAUGGAGACAAUCGACGGCAUCUUUAAGGAACAGAUUGGCCACCCGAGGCGGAGCACCGUAAUGCUCUUUUGAUCCUGGGAUUGUGUGCCAGCUUCGGAAGGAGUUCGUCAUGAGCUAGCCAACCAGACCAUCUAUACCUACCUGGAAGGCAACCAAAUUUGGGUGUCUAAAAAAUAUAACCCGUGAAUGUUUGCGUCGCAAUAAAUAGUAUCAUGUGAUCAGGGCGGUGUUAACGCAAUGUCUUAUGUACCUGAGUAGUACUUAGUAGUUCGAAGCUGACGCUGACUCUAUGCAGGCGAACUGGAAUGAUGUCCGCCGGCAGGCAACAUGGCAAGCGGAAGAGAAUGUUUCUCCCUGGUGGGAUUUAUAUGAAUAGGUACCUAUGUGUCGAAGUUGUG